AUGGUUCCCUCCAGAUCGCUUUCAUGUAUUCUUGCCCUGCCGGCGCUUGCCUUCCUCUCGCUGUCAGCGAGCGCUUUGCCUCAUGCUCGGGUAGCGUCAAGCACAGCUACUCUCAAGCUCGCUGUUAGAAUAAACUCGUACGGGAUCAAGAACGUCGCGGCUGCAGAUCGAGCUCGAAUCCAAACCUUACAAGCUCGCGGCAGCUCUUCCGUCAAUGCAACCAAUGCCGUGACGAUAUACACUGCUGACAUUGGUGUGGGGAGUCCAGCAACGUACUACACACUCCUGGUAGACACCGGAAGCUCAAACACCUGGAUCGGGGCCAAUAAGGCUUACCAGAAGACUUCCACGAGCCAUGAUACAGGCGGUAUAUUCGCUUAUGUUCUUGGAGAGGAAUAUACAGACACCGUAACGUUCAACUCUGAUCUGGUCAUCGACAACCAAUCUAUUGGCGUCGCAACUGCAUUUUCAUAUCUAACCUCAGGGCUAGAUGGUCCGGACGGGAUUCUUGGCCUUGGACCGGUUGAUUUGACGCAGGGCACCGUCAGUAAUGCAUAUGAAGUUCCAACUGUGACGGACAACCUCUAUGCGCAGCGAAAAAUUAGUUCAGAAGUACUCGGAGUGUUCUUCGCACCUGCUUCCUCUAACGAUAGCAGCGGCGAGCUCACGUUUGGUGGUUAUAACGCCUCCAAAAUUACUGGAGACGUCAAUUAUGUGCCAAUCACAUCAACAUCUCCAGCGAAUACAUAUUGGGGCAUCGAUCAAUCCAUCAGCUAUGGGGACACGGUGAUUUUGGAUGAGACAGCUGGUAUCGUCGAUACUGGAACCACCUUCAUUCUCAUUGCCUCUGACGCCUUCGACAAAUACCAGUCUGCUACGGGAGCAACGUUGGAUGAGAGCACUGAAUUGUUAACGAUCACAUCUGAGCAGUACGACCAGCUCUCAUCCUUGUAUUUCACUAUUGGUGGCGUUACCUAUGAGCUUACCCCAAAUGCACAAAUCUGGCCUCGAUCGCUGAACAGCGCCAUUGGUGGUACCACCGACAGUAUAUACCUGGUUAUCAGUUCCACUGGGAGCUCCUCUGGUUCUGGUUUGGAUUUCACAAAUGGCUACUGUUUCCUCGAGCGGUUUUACUCGGUGUAUGAUACGACGAACUCCCGAGUCGGGCUCGCCACCACUGAGUACACCAAUGCUACGACCAACUAA